AUGAGCUCGACACCAUACGAUUGGGCUAAAAAUAUACCAUGCAGGAACAUUCAAAUACAUGGUUUCUGUAAAUUUGAGCAUAAAGGCUGCUCUUAUAAUCACGACUUAGCUUCAAAAGAGUCAUCCAUCGAAGCACCGCCAUCUGCGUCCACCAGUGAAUCAAUGAGUGAUAAUCAUAAAUCUAAGGGCUUGAAUGGUCCAAAAUUAAACACUAGCAUUACCUCAUCAAAUAAUACUUUUGCAGAACAAAAUUCCAUAUCUUCACCAGUAACUUCUGCACAACAUUUCAAACCCACUCUUUUAAAGCAAAGUAGCUCUUUUUCCAACGAAAUAGGGCCAAACGGUGUAUCCUCAUCAGCUAGGAAGUUUAAUGUUGCUUCUCCAGCAUUCACUCCGAUUUCGGCAAAUAAGUUUUCGGCAAUGUCACCAUCACUGGAUACGAUACCUACUUUCACCCCAUCAAACAUUCCGGUUCCUAAUUAUGAUCAGACACACCCUCAACAAGAAGAGCCUAGCGCGGUUGCAUCUACACUAAGAUCACCCACCAAUGACUUGAAUGUUUCUAGUGGAAAACCCCAUACAUCAAAUGAAUCUCCCUUAAAUGAUAUGAACUCGUUGAAGUCGUCGAUUUCAACAGCAACUUCUUUUAAUCCAGUCACUGCACCGAUUUUUACUCCAGAUUCAAAUCUGCCUUCCAAUCCAACUACAGAUGCACACUUUCACUCUCAACCUCUUGGUGAGCAGUUGUUUUAUCAAAACACCAACCCUUAUCCAGUAAAUUUCCUUCUUUACGCCCCACCCCCUCCUCCACACAUCGAAUUGAAUAAACGAUCUAAUGAAAGAACAGUUAAUGAUUUAUUUAUUGAUAAUAAGUUACGAGAAUACUUGCAAAUGAAAAACGAAGAAAGUCUCAAGUCUAUUUCACAUACAGAAUUAGAUUUACCCAGGAACGUAGGUGUUUAUCAUUCUUUAUAUCCGAUUGACAAAAAUUUUGACUACAGCACAAAAUCAUUUGGCUAUACAUCAAUUGUUUACAAAUGUAUGUCGAAUACUGACGGCAGGCUUUAUGCUAUGAGAAGAUUACAAAAUGUUCCGAUUAGUUCGGCUUCGGUUUUAAACUCAGUAAAGAAAUGGAAAAAACUCAAUUGUUCUAAUGUUGUCAAGAUUCAUGAAGUUUUCACAUCCAGAGCUUUUAAUGACAACUCUCUAGUUCUAAUUUAUGACUAUUAUCCAAUGUCUCUCAAUUUGAUGGAAAACCACUUUAUGUCUUUACCUGGAAAGAACCCGGAAUUGAUUACCGAGGAUUGUUUGUGGAACUACACCAUUCAAUUGUUGAAUGCUAUAACAGAGGCAAGUAAACUAUCCUUGACAAUUGGUGAACUUAAUCCAUCCAAAAUUAUCAUCACAAACAAAGGUAGAAUUAGGCUCUCUGCGGUUGCCAUAAAAGAUAUUAUAAAGGACGUAAAGAAUAGUUUGAAUAAUACAGGUGCAGUUGCUAAAAAAGAAGAGCCGCCUGAAAGCUCCGACUUAUUAGAACUUGGUAAGUUGAUCUUUUUUUUGGCCAAAUCUACCACUCUCAUUCAGGAACCAUCAGAUGACCCUGCUAAGAUUGUUGCUCAAUUAAAGUAUUCUAGUGCUUUUAAGGAUGCACUCCUCUAUUUGCUGAGUGGAAGUCCGACAAUUGAAGAGUUCCAAAGGUUAGUUGCACCUAUGAUUCUUAAAUUAGCAGAUGGUUUACAGAAUAGUUGCGAUGCUAUGGAGUCUACUUUAAUGGGAGAGCUUGAAAACGCAAGAUUGGUGAGGCUAUUUGCCAAACUCGACUUUAUUAGCGAGAGACCUGAAAUGGUUAAGGAUGGUUCAUGGUCUGAGACAGGAGAAAGGUAUCCUAUCAAGCUUUUCAAAGAUUAUGUUUUUCACCAAGUUGACGAUAAUGGUAAUCCAGUAGUCGAUUUGACUCAUGUUAUCAAUUGUUUGAACAAACUUGAUGCUGGGGUUGAUGAAAACCUUCUUCUAGUUAGUCCAGAUGAAAUGACUUGUCUAAUCAUGAGUUAUAAGGAGUUGAAAGAAUUGAUCAACAAAACUUUCCUAACUUUAUUGGGCAAGGAAUAA